AUGGAUGAUUUUGACAAGCAAAAGCAUCCUACCUCUCACCCGCCUGUCAUCCGCGCCCAACAUUCAUCAUCCUCAUCGCAACCAGCCAGCGACGAAGUCACUUUUGCACACCGCGAAGAUGAUCAGCAUCUCCGCAAGAAGAGUACCAAUGACUAUCCUUACCAUGCAGAACACGGCCCUCCCAUUGAUAAUACCUUGAAGUACGAUGAAGCCGAGGAGGACUAUCAGCACCACAAAAAUCUGUUCUGGAGUCGAGUGCGACAUACACUACGAGACCCAUUCGCAGAGUUUAUGGGUACAUUCAUCAUGAUCCUGUUUGGUGACGGUAGUGUGGCACAAGUCAUGUUGAGCGCAAAUCCAAAUCUUCCAGCAUCGAGUCAGAACAAAGGGGACUAUCAAAGUAUCUCGUGGGGAUGGGGCAUUGGUGUGAUGUUAGGAGUCUACGUUGCUGGCUGUGCUGGGGGCCAUCUCAAUCCGGCGAUCACGUUCGUCAAUUGUCUCUUCAGGAAAUUUCCCUGGUGGAAAUUCCCCAUCUACGCUUCCGCACAGGUGCUGGGCUGUUUCUGCGGUGCGGCAGUCAUCUACGGAAAUUACAAAUCCGCAAUUGACGAGUUCGAGGGCGGUCCUGGAAUUCGCACUGUGCCUGGCUACUCCGAAACCGCCACAGCUGGUGUUUUCAAUACAUACCCACAACCCUUUCUCAGCAAAACUGGUCAGUGCUUUUCGGAGAUCAUUGCAAGUUUUGUGCUGGUCUUUGUCAUCUUCGCCAUGAAGGAUGAUGCCAACCUUGGUGCUGGCAACCUGAUUCCCAUCGGAUUAUUCUUCCUCAUAUUUGGCAUCGGCGCCACUCUCGGCUGGGAAACUGGCUAUGCGAUUAACCUUGCUCGAGAUUUCGGGCCACGAUUGUUCACGUAUUUUGUGGGAUAUGGCCAUGAAGUGUGGAGCGCGGGUGACUACUAUUUCUGGGUCCCUAUGAUAUGUCCAUUCAUUGGCUGCACCUUCGGGGGCUUCAUGUACGAUCUUCUCAUUUACACUGGCGAAUCGCCAAUCAAUACACCUUGGAUCGGUCUAAAGCGUGUGGUACGCCCAACGAGAAAGGGAAUCAAAGAAGCUAUCAUGGGCCAUCCGGAGAAGCAGGUCUAA